AACCCAAGGCACAGGAACAAAGCAAGGUUAACCCUCUUUUAACAGCUUCAUUGUAGGUCAUUUGCAUCAAGAAGAAACUGGAAAUGAAGAACAUAAAACUGCAAUUUCUUUAAUUUAUUUGUUCUAAUUCUUUCAUGCAGAAAACAAGAAAUUUGUGUGUAAAGCUCGCUGUCAAUUGCAUUUCAAAUGGUGGGUUUUCACGAAAAAUGAUGAUGCGCCUGUUUAUUGUUGGAUGAAAUGCUUCAGUGAGCUCCGAGCAUACACUAUUGAUUGCUGGUUUUUUUCUGCCUUCACUAUUUCAAUCCCUUUUGUGUGGUUUAUGUCAGCAUUCCUUUCAGUGGCACUGAUUGCUAAGAUACUCGCUAUCAAUUGCAUUUCAAAUUGUGGGUUUUUACGAAAAAUGAUGAUGCGCCUGUCUAUUGUUGUGGAUGAAAUGCUUCAGUGAGCUUCGAGCAUACACUCUCUUGAUUGCUGGGUUUUUUCUGCCUUCACUAUUCCAAACCCUUUUGUGUGGUUUAUGUCAGCAUUCCUUUCAGUGGCACUGAUUGCUAAGAUGCGUUCUUGAUAUAAUGUCAGAACUUUUGGAGCUUCGAAAUCUAAAUUGAAAGGAGGGCUGGUUUUCUUGGCUUCCUUCUUGUUUAUGAUGUGGUUAUCCAAUUAAAUAGUAACUCAUUAUGUCCAUCAUUAAUGUCCGUUUGCUCCUUCACGCUCUCAACCUUCCUAGAAAAGAAUCAAAAGAUAUACCCAUGAACUAAAUUUUCUGUCCCUAGAAAAUUAUUUUCUCGCCUCUGCUGCAAGUAAAUGUUUGUGUAGUAAACUAGGGAAAAGGGAAACAAAAGGUUUUCCAUAUCAAACAGUUCCAAUCCUAUUUUCUCUUGUGGAUUCAGUUGAAACGAUCCAGUUGCGUGUGCCCUUCUUCAAUGGUCUGCAAUGUUCACCACUUCCUUAAAAAUACUCAGUUCCUUGUCAAGGCCUCAAUUUCUUCUGCCCUCUUCCAUGCUUCCUCUUGAAAUGUCAACUUUUCAGGAUAUUAACAUAGGGCCGGUGAAUAUGAUACAAAGGUUGCCAUACUAGGAAAAAUGGAAUAGACAGAUAAAAUGCGGCCAUGUCUAAUACAAUUUAUGCUAACAUAUCACAUGUUAUUCUUAUUGAAACCGUGACUCUUGGAAUUGCAGGUGUUGUAAUUAGCUUCCAAAAGAACAGUGUUAGUGGCAAUCAUCAAGCAGGUACAUUGGGGGAUGACCCCAGAACAUCCAAGAUCUUCCUCUUCCUAUCUGAUGCUCGGGAUUGGAACCCAAUUUACAACCUGCCAUGAACUGGUUUUCAAUCCUAAAGAAUGGCAUUUUAAAUGAGGCUACCUUCUUGUUAUUUAUGGCUUGAUAUUCCUCUUUCCAUCUGCUGAGCGAUUGCAAUACUUUAUGCAACUUGUUUACUCAAGAGACUGAGAGUGCUUUUGGGUUUUGGCAAUGGUGGCUGGUGGUCGGUAUCUGAUAUCUCUAUCUCAGACCACAUGUUUCCUUCUCAAACACCCCCAGGUAUGCCUUC